AUGAACACGGCACCAACACCGCUCCCGACGAUCUCGGGCAAGCAGCUCAUCGUGUUUGAUUUCGACUGGUCGUUGGUGGACCAGGAUACGGACCGCUACGUGCACGAGGUGCUCUGUCCACCUCUCCGUGCUGAGCUGCAACGUCGUAAGCGUUCCGAGCAGUUCACCGAUCUGUGCGCCUCCCUGCUCGUCAAGCUCCACGCCGAAGGUUUCAAGCCAGACGACGUGCGCGGGGCGCUCCAAACGCUUCCCUUCCACCCGGGCGUCAAGCGCGGCGUCACCAAUCUCAAGUCUGCCGGUCAGACCACCUUCUUCCUCCUCUCCAACUCCAACACCGUCUACAUCGAUACCAUCCUCGCGCACCACAAGCUCGACAGCCUGUUCGACGAGAUCGUCACCAACCCUGCGUCGUUCAACUCGGACGGCGCACUGAUCCUCCAGCGUCGGGUGCUGGCGACAGACGCCCAGCAGCACGGCUGCACCGUCGGAUGCAGCGCCAACAUGUGCAAGGGCAAGGAGCUCGACGAGUUCCUCGAGCGACACGGCGGCAGAGCCGCCUUCGAGAGGAUCAUCUACGUCGGCGACGGCGGCAACGACUUCUGCCCCGUAUUGAGGCUCGGAAAGAGCGAUCUGGCUUUCGUGCGCAAGUUCCGAGGGUUGCAGACCAGGAUUGCAAAGGAGGGAGGCGUCAAGGCUGGGAUCAAGUACUGGAACGGUGCUUGGGAGUUGGAGGGGUAUUUGAACGAGUUGCGGGGCGAGAAGGCGCUCGAUUACUAG